UGGCCGCGGCAACAAGAGUUGUUUCUGCUUUGGGAGCACUGUUCGUGCCGAAGACCGUACGAUAAGUGCACAAGGCGGUGGUCAGGAAUUGAUCGAUCGUUAGACUUUUCUUCCAGAUGUAAUCUUUAAACUGACAGUUGUCUGCUACUGAGGAUAAACGUCUGCGUAACAAACAACUUAAUAACUUCAAGGCUGCCGUUCUUUGCACACCUAUUGAACUCCGUGGGACUUAAUUUGCAGCAAACGACCAUAGGAGUGGAUAUCCUGCUGCAUAUUAGAAUAAACUUAUACUGGUUCUUCAAGAAGCCAGAAUUCAGUUGUGUUAAACUGGAGUGGAUACAUGGCUGAGAAGGACUUGUGCUGGAGAAAGUUGCCUUUCAAGAUAGAAGGAUGCAUCCAUUCGGUAAAGAGGAAUCUGCGUCCUUGGACCAUCUCUUCUGGUUUUUCUGCAAAUGUGUGCAGCGGGGAGACUGGGAACUUGCACAGGCCUGUGUUCCUCAGUUACAUCAGAGGCAGGAGGAAGGCCAUGAAAAAGUGGAAGCAAUCCUGCAAGCCAUAAUUGCUUGUCCUUCUCAUCUGAGGUAUGGAUCGAACCGGAGUCCUCAAAAACUUGCUUGGUUUUGGCUUCUUGUAUUGCAGAAGUGGCUAGCAUGGGAACAGAAAACGGUCCCAGUGUCUCUUCAGAGAGAAGUGGAAUUCUUGCUGCUUUUAGAAGAACUUGAAAAAGAUGUCUCGCAUGCUGUUCUAAAGGAGCUAUAUGAAGUCUUUGAAAACAGGCAUGGGUUGAACAGGAAGCAAAGGGAUGGAUCUGCGCAGACACUAAGUGUGGAGGCAAUAUCUGAGCUCCGAAAAAUGCUGUUGCCGAAUCCUCGGAAGCUGCAAGCCGUCUUAGAAUUUCUGUGGAAGGAUCCUGCUGAAUGUGGCCAUUCCCCAACACACAGUUGCUCACCGCAAACUAUCUUUAUUGGAUUUCUCUGGGACUCCUUAAAGCUUCUGAAGCGUCUCCAGCUAAAUCCAGUCUUGUCAGAACUGAGUCAAGGCGAGACGGUGGAGGAAAUUUAUAGAGCCCUUAGCAUGUUGAAUUUGGAGGUGGAGAAACAGACUGGAGAGCUGCAUCUUCUCUGCAGGGAGCUUCUAGAUGCUUGUUGGGCUGAACAAAGUCCAUUGAGGGAAGAGAGGUUGCUCAGCUGCAUGCUAAGGAAAAACAGCCAUGCCUUGCUCAGUCUGUUUGGCAGCGUAUUUGUUGAGAAGACAAGGGAGAAACUGCUGGGGCCAAAGUCACCAGGAAAAGGUUUGUCUGAACAGCUGGAAGCUGAGCAGGCAGUGAUGGCAUUGUUCUCGGAUCACGAGCAUACUUAUUCUUGGAAAGCUGCCUAUUUCUACUGCCUUAGCAGCAACAAGCACUUUUUGGAACAAAUUCUGGUCACAGCAUUAACUUUAUUGAAAAAGGAAGACUUCUCCAGUCUUAGCAAUUUAUUGAAGCAGGAAUUUAGCUGCCUCAGUCGCCUCCUGGUAUUGUUAGGAUGGACUCAGUGUCGGAGUUUAGAAUCGGCGAAAACACUGCUGUGGACUCUUCACAAAUCUCAGGGCCUCUGUAAUGAUACAGUGUUAAAAGACUUCUGUAAUGGGCUGUGUGCCCAGGUGGAGGUUCUUGAAUGGUGUAUACAACGAAAUAGUAAUAUCCCAGAGAAAGUUCUUCUGCAGCACUUGCACAGUCUGGACUGCCACUCUUCCCUUUACCUUCUCCAUCAUCUUACCAACCUCUUGGCCCUGAAUGAAGAAGCUGUUAUUGAACUUCUUCAGAAAAUUCCAGCCAAGGAUAUGGAAGCGCAGGAUUCAACAAUGCUGCCAGCUUCCAGUCUCUUGAGUCAGCGGCGCAACCUUGUUCUUUUCCAAGCAUUUUGUGCCAUGAAAUAUGCCAUCUACGCCCUCUGUGUCAAUGCACACAAGAAUGCAAAUUGCAAGGACUGUAUGAGCUCUUCUGCCAGUUACCUCCAUGAUGAGCUGCCUGAACAAAACAAACCUGCAGAUCUACCUGUUUGCCCAGAUUAUUCAGGUCUCUUUGCUCAGUAUCUUGUCAAGUGCCAGCAGUUCUUAAGGAUGGUCCCCAUUCCUCUACGCUUGGAACUUCUGGAGAAUAUCUUUUCCUUGCUUUUUGUCUCCUAUGGUGACCUCUGCAAUGAUGAUCUUGUAGAGGAGAACACGGGGGAUGACUUGGAGAGAAAAAACGGCGUUGCAAGGAAUCUAGAGCGUUGUGCUAGCCAAGGGUCUUCCACUUCAACCAGUCCACUGCAUUCUGCAGGGCCCAAAAGGAGACCUGAAGAACAUCCUGCCGCUAUGUCUCAGGAACAUCCUGGUAUCCAAACACUACUUGAUCUGGAAUCUAAUGGCAAGAACAGUGAUUCCUUCAGACUGAACUACUUGGAUUUGAAACAUUUCACCAGUAAUUCUAGUGGAUUUCUAGUGGACGAUACGGCAAUGGAGUUACUACUCAAACUGCUCCUGGACAAUCUGAAAGAAAUUGAGGGUUCUUUCCCAUGGGACUUAAAGCAUGUACCUUGUGAAGAGCUGGCAUUGCUGGACUGCUUGAAUUUGUCUGUAAAUAGAGAUAGCUUUAGUUGCCGCAUGCAACUGUUGUCAAAGUACCUCUCUGAAGCUUCUUGGCGGCACAAAAUAGUGACAAGCAACAGAAAUACAGGCAGCCAACGUGCACCCACUAGAAUAUACAGUAAUUCAACCAGAGGAUCCAACUUGAGGAGACACACACGGACUCAGAGACAAAAUCCAGAUUGUAAGAAGGGAGCUUCAGACAGGUUGCUGGAGAGCACAAGCAGUGAAUUAAGUACAACUAGCACAUCAGAAGGAAGCAAUAGUAUGUUAUCGGACUGGAGUGACGUGGAAUAUAGGAUAAAGCCUCAGCAAGACUCGCUCAUCCCAAUGAUGCUUUCUCCACCAGAAUCUCUUCUUGUCUCUUGUAUCCUGAGGGGAAACUUUGUAGAAGCACACCAGGUAGCUAUUAUGUUUAAUUUGGAGACUUCUGCUCCUUAUGGCGAGCUGAUUUUCUUGGAGCGUUACCAAGAAGUUAUCAGGGAGCUGGCAAAAGUAGAACACAAAAUUGAUGCUCAGUCAUCUGAGGGUUCUGGAAGUCUUAAACGGUCUGGCAAUGGCCGCUCAACCCUACAGGCUAUUGGAAAUGCAGCAGCAGCAGGUAUGGUGUUUUACUCCAUCUCUGAUGUUACGGAUAAGCUGCUUGCCCCUUCUGAAGGCCUUGUCCCUAUGCUCCAAGAGGGCUUCCGGGCCAGCACCAUCCAGCUGGAGCCUACAGACCCCCUGAAUGAUGUCCUGGAGGGCCUCUGCGCCUCUGCGAUGGCUACAUUUGACUUGGCAACUGCUCAGUGCCGCUUAUGGAAAACCUGCAAACAUCUCUUAGAAUCGGCAGACAGAAGGCUGCAAAAUAGCCUUGAAGCUAGGGGCCGAAGACUUGAUCCUAUUGUUCUCUGCUCUUAUGGCAUGAGGGGUUUCCCAGCAGUCCUUCAAGAAAUAAGUAAAAUUAUAAAUACAUCACAAGGGCAACCUAAAUCGGAAAUCUCAGAUGAGAAAAUAAGUCAACAUUUCCAUUGCAGCAUUUCUGAUCUCCUACAGACUUGUUACCCAGCCCUGACUGAGAACUGUAUUACUAAUCAUAUUGUCUUAACACAGCAUUUUGAACAAAUCCUAAACAAACUGGAACAUGCAGAAGGUUCUUUAGAUAUUAAAGGGAACGUCCUUACUUCCUUGGUAGAACAGUCCUCUUUGAAACCUGCAGACUUAGAGGCACAUCCAGUAUCUAAUCAAGUCAAACUGUUGCUGAGAACCUUGGACCAACAUGCUCAAACCAUGCAGGAUAGUCAUAGGCAAACUGCCUAUGUCCAGGACUUCUUUGGUUAUAUUAAGAGGCUGGCUGCCACUGUUCUCCAAAGCCUGAAUCCAGAGCUAGAUCAAUCUGCAGACGUGCAAGUGGGAAACCCUUUCAUAUUACUCCAGCAGAGCCCUUCUCAGUUAUUGUCUCAACUCUUGUUUGAGAGACAGGUGGCUCCUGACAGGUUGUCUUUGCUGCUGGCCAAAGAAGAACUGAAUUUGAAUGUGCAGCAAGUGAUCAUUAACUGUUGCUGUAAGGCAUUGCCUUUGUAUAACAACAGACAAGGCAGCCAGGUUAGGUCCUUUGUGACGAAUAUUAGUAGCCUAGCACACCUGCAUGCAUAUCACUGUCUGCCUGAUGUUGAGAUACCAGUACAUAAUCCAGCUAUGGACUCUGAAGAUGCCUCCAGCCAACCUGCUCUGGCUGAACCAAACCAACACAUGCUCACAACUUCUUCACUCGCUUUUCUGAAAUCUCAGUCGAAACUAACAGCUACCGUGGCUUGUCUCAGUGCAUCAAAGGUUCAGAAAAUUCCUAAACAAAGCCUAUCGUGGAUGGAGUUCCGAGGAAAACGGGAAGUCCCUUUGUCCAUAGAGCAAAUUUCCAAAGAAUGUGAAGUGUUGUUAAAGGAGUUCCCCCUUCUGGAGAGCUUUCUUCUUAACAUGUGUGAGCCUCUUCAGGACCCCCAGGAUGAGGGAAAUGUUUCAGCCAGUGGACUCUGUGGCAAGUCUUAUAUCUCCUUGCUCUUUCUGGGAUUGCAUUCCAUCACAGCUGUUGAGGUGUUAAUGGAGACCUUUGAGCAUGCACUCUCUGCUGGGGACUGGCCCAGAGCCCUGAAGGUUUUGGAUCUGUACAGCCAGGACAUGGAAGAGCUGGUCACUGUGCGGGAUGCUGUGCUGAGUUGUGCCACCGCUUAUGGUAAUGAAGGUUGGAGGUUCUUGUUCCCUGUGAGGGAUGCCAUGCUGAGGAGCAGGCUGGCCCUGCGCUGUCUGGAUAACUGGCCCCUGGAGGCUUGUCUGGAAAUCUUAGCUUAUUGUGCAUCUGACCCUGAGGUAUCUGAAGAACUCAGAUCUGAUCUCCAGGGCAAGGUGAAAGAACUUGGAGUUUAUCAAAAGAUUCUAAAUCUACAAGAUGUCCCAGUGUGGCAUAAUUGGCAAGACCUGAAAAGAGCCUGUUCUGAUGAUCCCCAGGCCAUUGUAGGGACAAUUCUGGAGGCAAAGGAUUAUGAGUUAUGUGAAGAAUGGGGCAACUUAUAUCCUGUUCCAAGAGACAAUCUGAUCAACCUUCACCAAGAACACCUCCUUCAUUUGCUGGCGUUGGGAGAUACUGAAAAGGCCUUGCAGCUCUUGCAAAGGAUAGAAGACCCAGACAUUCAGCUUGUCAUAACUGAACAGUGUCUUGAUAAACAUCCCAGCUUGGCAGCAUCCCACUUCCUUGCAGAUUAUCUCACAACACACUUCUAUAAGCACUUAACAGUUAUGCGCCAUAAUGAAAUUCAGGCUCUCUACAUGGGAUCAAAGGUGUUACUGACACUUCCUGAGCCUUACCGUGUGAACUACUCUCACCUGUCCUGCAAGCCACUCCUCAUGCUGGAGCAGCUCUUGAUGAACAUGAAAGUAGAUUGGGCAGCUGUGGCCAUAGAAACACUGCACCAGCUCUUGGUUGGACAAGAGAUCGGUUUCACUGUGGAAGAUGUUGAUGCUUUGCUCUCCAGAUAUGCUGGGAAAGCCCUUGACUUUCCUUUCUCACUAAAAGAGAAGCGAUCAGAUUCCAUGAGUCAGAUUCAAGAGAGUCUGUAUAGGGCCUGUGAGUCUGAUACCUUGUCUAAAUCAGAAUCAACAGAUCUCUCUCCUACUAGUAUUCCUGGUGAGGGGAAAAAGUCUGAUGAUACAACACAUUCUUCCAGCCUGAGAGAGAGAAGCCUACAACAAACUGUCUCCCCUCAAGAGUUUGUGCCACCUGAGAAGCCACCACCAAAACAGCAAUGGAUUCCAGAUGAAACCGAAGUAACUUGCAUGGUUUGCAAAACAGAACGUUUUACUAUGUUUAAUAGGCGGCAUCACUGCAGACGUUGUGGGAGGCUGGUAUGCAGUUCCUGUUCUGCAAAGAAAAUGGUGGUGGAAGCUUGCAGGGAAAACCCAGCUCGUGUGUGUGACCAGUGCUAUAGUUACUGCAACAAGGAGUGUUCCACAAUUUUGUCCCAAGAUACAGAAGCUAGUGCAAAAGAAGAGGAUCAAGAACAGGAAGAAGCGGAGACCUCUGAUAACGAAUGCUCAGAUUACUUUGCAGUGGUGCAAAUACCAAGGAUGGCAGAACUAGAGUGGCUUCUUUCUUUUAGAGAAGAAGAGAAUGAAAUUGUGCGUAGAGAGUUUUAUUAUGAACAGGCUCCCAGUGCUUCCUUGUGUAUAGCCAUCUUCAGCUUGCACUCGGACAGCAUAGCCUGUGGUCACCAGCUGAUAGAGCACUGCUGCAAGUUAUCUCGAGGCCUCACAAACCCUGAAGUGGAUGCUGGUCUCCUCACAGAUAUCAUGAGACAACUGCUCUUCAGUGCCAAAAUGAUGUUUGUGAAAACUGGAAGGAGCCAAGAUUUAGCUCUUUGUGAUAGUUUCAUCAGCAAAGUCGAUGUGUUGAACCUUUUAGUGGCUGCUGCAUAUCGUCACGUGCCAUCUUUGGAUCAGAUACUACAGCCUGCUGCAGUUACAAGACUAAGGAACCAACUUUUGGAAGCAGAAUACUAUCAGUUGGCUGUAGAGGUUUCUACAAAGACUGGCCUGGAUCCAGGUGGAGCAUGGCAUGCAUGGGGCAUGGCUUGUCUUAAAGCUGGCAAUCUAACAGCCGCUAGAGAGAAAUUCAGCCGAUGCCUAAAGCCACCUCUUGACUUAAACCAGCUAAAUCUGGGCUCAAGACUGGUCCAAGAUGUGAUACAGUACCUGGAGUCCACAGUGAAGCCCAUUCUCUCGGUGCAGGAUGAUGACUACUUUGCUACUCUGAGGGAACUUGAAACUAUUUUAAGAACACACAGUUUAUCUCUGGAGUUGAUACCUGAGGGGAAAAUUCAGCACAAUAGCUACUAUCAAGAAUGCCUCUUCUACUUACAUAAUUAUGGCACCAAUUUAGCAAUCAUUAGUUUUUUUAUGAGGCAUGGCUGCCUGCGAGAAGCACUGCUGCAUUUGUUAAAUAAGGAAAGCCCUCAGGAAGUAUUUAUCGAAGGGAUCUUUGUCCCAAGCUACAAAAGUGGAAAACUUCACAUGUUGGAGAACUUGCUGGAAAGCAUUGACCCAGGCCUUGAAAGCUGGGGUGUUUAUCUCAUUGCAGCUUGCAAACACUUGCAGAAAAAGAAUUACUACCAUAUUUUGUAUGAAUUACAGCAGUUUAUGAAGGAUCAAGUCCGUGCAGCCAUGACCUGUAUUCGAUUUUUCACCCACAAGGCAAAGUCUUACACUGAACUGGGGGACAGGAAAAAAUGGCUCUUGAAGGUCAAGGACCACCUCAAAAUUUACCUACAGGAAGUUUCACGGAGCUCAGGAAGGAAAAAGGUUACAUGCACUUUUCGUAAGAAAAUGUCUGCUCCUGAUGUGUCAAGACAUAUUAAUACAGUCGAGCUUCAGAUGGAAGUAACAAAUUUCCUGCAUCGGUGUGAGAAAUUGGUGGCUUCACCUGCAGCUGUCUUGUCUGUACCCACACUCUUUGGAAACAAUCAAAUGAAGAUGGAAGUAGUUUGUAAGGUCAUGUUAGAAGGCAAAAACAUCGAAGAAGGCUUUGGAAUUGCCUUUAGGGUCCUGCAGGACUUCCAGCUGGAGACAGUAGCUGUAUACAAUAGAGUCGCCAGACAACUGGUGAAGCAGCAGAACUACACUGAGAUCAGACAGCUCCUCAAAUGUAUCAAGGAAUCUGGGGCUGCAGCUAAAAAUGAUGGGGACAAUGUCAUCCUAAACUGUCUGGAUGAGUUUGAUGUGAUCCCUUCUGAGGAGCUGGACAAUUUGAUCCAGGAUAUGGAGAGUGAUGAAAAUAAGAUCCAAGCGUACCUGAGAUGCCACAAGCUGCGUUCAGCUUACCUUGUCUCAGUGAAACAAGAAAACACCCGAGCAAUUCAGUUGGUGCAGCAUGUGCGACAGUUGGCCGAGGACAGUGGGGAAGAUGUGGUGCAAGCCAUCUGCACCCAGUGGCUUUCAGUGCACCACACGAAGCCAAGAAGCUGGCUCACCCAAAGUGCCAAGAAAUGACGAUCAGAAAGUGGGUGGGUGAUUUAUUUUCCAUAAAGGGAAGGCUCUUCAUUGUACUGAUCAAAACAGGUCACCUGUGCAUUAGCAAUCUCUUGGCUGACAGUGAGCUGAAGAGGAGCUGCCUGGGGGCCUCUAGUGAAAGGGAUAGCAUUAACUUCUCAGAAGUGUCCUGUUGACAACCAACUACCUCCACACCUGGAUGUUCUCUUUACACCUGUUAAGAGCUCAGUCUUGCUUGGAUAGGUAUUGUUCUUUUGUUACUGUGAAGGUGUUUAUCUUCUGGACAUAAUUUUAUUCAAACCAUGUUAGCCAAGCUUAAUUUGGAGCCAAGUGUUUGUGAUUUUUGUUAAAAUCCGCAGAGAGAUGAAGACACUUAAUUUAGAAAUAGAUUUUACAAUUGACAGAUAUUGGUGGGCUCCUGUGCUUUCCUCCUUUACACUAUACAGCAUGUGUCUCUUUUUGGUAAGUUUUGGAAGGCAAUGGGCUCCUUCUGGUAAAUGAGUUUCCUCAUCUUUGGGAAAGAUACACGUGUACUAAGAUGCACGUUCUGAAACAGAUUCGUGCUGCUAACUGACAUAUACCAGGGUAGUCUGGCUUCUAAAGAAUGUAGGUUAUAUACAGAUCAUUUGGCUGAGAAGCUUACUUAGAGCUAUUUGAGUACUUUACAGUCUAGCCUGUUCUAUAAAGGAUUCUCUAAUGAUGAAAUCUUAGGGAUCUAACAAUUGACCGAUAGUAAGAGUAAGCUAGUUAGAUGCGUUAAAAGAAGGUGAGAGUCCAAACUGCUAUUAAGACCGCAUCUGUAGACAAGACAAAGCCCUUUAUUUUAAGCUGCAUAAAAUGGAAACUUUAUUUUUGUUUUAAAAAAAUUGUUUCUUCUGUUGUAGAAAACUUAUGAGUGGCUGAAUAUUUUCCACACCCAAGUCUCAACUGAAUGUUUUAGGCAGUUGACUAAAAAAGACUUGACAGAAUAGUAAUUCAUUUGAGUUGGGAAGGACAUAACCUCUUUCAUAAUUGGAACAGGGCAAGGAGAAGCCGCAGCAUACUUUAAGCAAAUAUGAGGUAUAUCAAUAAUGCAUCCAAAGUGACCUUUGCAGCAACUUUCUUCAGAAAUGGCUGCUAGCAGAAACUGUCAAUGAAAGCCAUGCUGUCCUUUUUAUAUUUCACUUAAUAGCAGGUCAUAUUUAUGCACAGAAUACAAUAUAUGGGAACUAGAAUUAUGUACCUGUUGCCAUAUGAUUCAAAAGUAGCACACCUAAACAGGAAACAAAGCAAAACCAAUCAUAGGGAUGGAAUCUUAAAUGGGAAAGGGGGAAAGAAUUUGCCUCAAAAUCCAUUUAUAAGCUGGCCCAAAUCCUGGGUCAGGAUUAAUCCUAAAAUGGAUAUUUCUGCCUCCUGCCCAUCUUUCCCAGUCUUCCCUUUCCUAAAUUGCCUGAAUACCUCACUGUCCUCCCAACAACAUGGUUGAGAACACAGAGUAGAUUUGCAGUAAGCAUAGCUUUAAACAAUUUAGGGUGUCCAGAAGAUGUCCUCCAAAUUAAUCUCAUUGCAGAUGGGUCAAGGGAGCAGUUCACCAAUCCAAAUAAAAGAAAAUUAAGUAGUGACAACUGUGUUCAAGACUUAGCUCACAAAAACUUGAACUGUAGUUGGUGGUAGCUGCACUGAUAUGAAGGGCGGCUAACUGCUGUUCAGUGAUGUACAAUCAACCCAUUGUUUUGCUUCAUGCAAAUAUGCUUCACAACUGUUGACUCAAAAUUUUGGUAUGUGUGUUAGGACAACAGUUGCCUUUCUCAAUUUUAACUGCUCAUUGUAAUGAGGCAAGUAUACAGACCUGCAGUGAAAUGAAAGUCAUGGUUGACCUCAUUUUGUGUGUCAAAUGCUGUGUCAAACACCAAUGUUAGUAAUGCUUAGCUGACUGGAUCUGAUGUCCAGAAAUAACUUGGAGCUUAAGCAGUUGGGAUGACUGUUUUUAGCUUGCAUGUUCUCCCAUCUCCCAGAUUUUAAAGCUUAUCCCAUUAGGCACUUAGGACUUACAGAAGCUGCUGUAGAAAUCUGUCAGAACUAAACUCACUUCCACUGGGCCUCAGUGGCCAGUAUAAUAUGUCUGAGUGCAGUACUGAUAUGCUCUCCUCCUUGGGGCCAGCACUAAAUUCGACACAUGGAAUUUUUUAUCUGCAAACUCUGCUGCACAUCUUCUCCAUUCUGUUGAAGCUUCCAUCAUGGACACCUUCAGACUUCCUGUACUCAAGAGUUUAACUUUGUGUUCACCCUUUGCACUGUACUUCAUGCACUUUACAUUGUUUGCAACUCAAACUGCCUUAGUGUCUCAACCUAAGGAUCCUUUUCUCUCCAGCAAAACCUGUCCUUUAAACUAACUGGCAUCACAACUAUUGCACACAAAGCAAAGCCUCUUGUUUAGACAGACAACACAAAUUGACCAGUAUAAACUUGAAAUGUGCUUGUUUAGCCAUGUUCUGAGAGCACUCAGUUCUGAUUCCAAACCUGUCCUAUAAACUAGUUGGCAUCACAUAUUGCAACUGAUGAGCUCAAACUUUCUGAUGAACAAAUGUUUUGGACUUCUGAUGAGAAAUGAAUAAGAAUAAAAUACAUUUGGUCACUUCUUUA